CCGAGCUCGGUUGCGAGGGCUUGUAACCCAAGUGGGGGCGUUAAGGUGGCGGAACCCUUGUUCAGCUCAUUGAGCCGGGUCUGUAUUGGCUAGCUUCUGGCUUGCCCGUUCCAAGCUAGGAGUUGAACCAUGUGAUCCGUGCGAAGGCUUGGGUCACAUUGUUCCUAGAGUGGAGGGGUCCGCGUGAGGCUGGUUUCACAGAGCAGCGAAAGCCUCCCUCUCUUGGCAGUGGAAGGAUAACAAGUCUGUGCCAAUCAGGCCCACCUCGGCUCCUUGGGCUGAUCCUAGCUGGACCGUCACCUUUUUCAAAGUCACUGAUGUGAUAGUCCUAAUCUUUCCCGUGUAGCAAUUAUCAGGCAUCCUUCUCAUAUAACGUUUCAGCUUUCUGGUGGCAAUCGAAGCUUGUUUGUGGCUACCCAAAUGGCCAUGAAGUCGCACUUAAUUACAGGUUUUACUCAGCCAAUGGCACAUGCUUAUUCUUCCUCGGGCUCCAUUAACAACCUCUGCUCAGUGAAAAAUUCUCUCUCAACGUCCUUCUUCAAUGGCGGAGGUGGUCUAAGAGUGUCAAGGGUUAGAAUCACUCCAGCAGGAUCCCCUUGUUGUAGACAAGGUCGACUUGUAGUACGUGCCAACAUUUUUGGUAGGUUUGCUCGAGUCAUAAAGUCAUAUGCAAAUUCAAUCUUAAGUUCUUUUGAGGACCCGGAAAAAAUUUUAGACCAAGCUGUCCUCGAAAUGAAUGAUGACUUGAAAAAGAUGAGACAGGCCACAGCCCAAGUUGUGGCAUCACAAAAAAGGUUGGAAACUAAAUACCAAGCUGCCCAACAAGCUUCAAAUGAUUGGUUCCGUAGGGCACAGUUGGCUCUUCAGAGAGGAGAGGAAGAUCUUGCGCGUGAAGCUCUGAAGAGGCGUAAAUCUUAUGCUGAUAAUGCAAAUCAACUGAAAGCUCAACUCGAUCAGCAGAAAACAGUUGUUGACAAUCUUGUCUCCAACACACGGCUUUUAGAGAGCAAGAUACAGGAAGCAUUGUCAAAGAAAGACACUUUGAAAGCACGUGCUCAGUCUGCAAGGACUGCAACCAAAGUGAAUGAGAUGGUUGGGAAUAUCGACACUAGUAGUGCUCUAUCAGCUUUUGAGAAGAUGGAAGAGAAAGUUUUGGCAAUGGAAUCUGAAGCAGAAGCUAUUGGCCAGUUAACCACUGAUGAUCUUGAAGGGAAGUUUGCAUUACUAGAGACUUCAUCAGUGGAUGAUGAUCUUGCGCAGCUGAAAAGGGAACUCACUGGUACCUCACAGAAAGGAGAGCUUCCACAAGGAACUGUUUCAACAAGUGCGAACAAGCCAUUCCCAUAUCGAGAUGCAGAGAUUGAGAAGGAGCUUAAUGAAUUAAGACAAAAAGCAAAAGACUUCUAAAUUUUAUGAUUUGCAUAUGCAAAUCUCAAUUGUUGUGUCGAAGCACAAAUCUUCUGGUCAAGGUUUAACUUGGUAAGGUAGAAAUCGAACAGUUCAUGUACAUACAGAAGACAUGCUUAAAUCAUGCAUAGUAAAUUUUUUGGAUGACUUGUGUAUAUACUUGCAUAUGAAAAUGAUACUUCGAUUUGUUCAAUUGCAAUUCAAAAUCUAUGGCCACUUAUUACAUGUACAAUGUUCCAUCAAAUUUAAAAUACAUCUUUCUGUCAACU